ACGAGUGCAGGAGUACAAGGGGGGUGGGGGGCGGCUACGACAAUCCUUUCAGGCCUGAAAUAGAAUGCGGAGGCGAGGCAGCGCCGCCCCCACCGCAGCCCGCGGGCGCUCCACGUCAGACAGGGGCUCACUCAGGAAAUUCAAACACGAGAAGCACCGUCCCCCGCCGCGCCGCGCCACGCCACGCCGAACGACGCGGGCAUCUCUCCCUGCUCCAAGGUCACCGAGCGCCGACGGCCUGCACGGGACACACACACCUUCACCUCCCCCUCCAUCACCAAAAAGUGAAUAGCCAGCGUUGAGGUGGGCCAGCGAUGCCGCCCCCAGCCACAGGUCCCGCCGCCGUGCCCCCACCAGAUGGCGGUUGGGGUUGGGCUGUGGUGUUGGCAUCUUUCAUCUCCAUCGGCUUCUCGUACGCCUUUCCCAAGGCCAUCACCGUCUUCUUCAAAGACAUCCAGAUCAUUUUCAAUGCCUCCUACAGCCAGGUCGCAUGGAUCUCCUCCAUCAUGCUUGCGGUCAUGUAUGCUGCAGGUCCCAUCAGCAGCAUACUCGUCAACACAUACGGCUGCAGACCCAUCGUCAUGAUGGGCGGCUGCCUCUGUUCCACUGGCAUGAUCUUAGCUUCCUUCUGCACCAAUGUGCUGCAGCUGUACUUCUGCAUAGGAGUUAUCGGCGGUCUUGGACUAGCAUUCAACCUGCAGCCAGCGCUGACUAUGAUUGGCAGGUACUUUUUUAAGAAGCGUCCCAUUGCAAAUGGACUGGCAAUGGCAGGCAGCCCGGUGUUCCUCAGCACCCUCGCUCCUCUCAACCAGUACCUCUUCAACCAGUUUGGCUGGAGGGGCAGCUUUCUCAUCCUGGGCGGCCUUUUGCUAAACUGCUGUGUGGCUGGUGCCCUCAUGCGGCCUCUGGGGCCACCACCGAGUAAGGCCAAGAAGGACGAAGAGUUGGCUGCCAUCGCCACCGCGACAAAAGAGAAGCGUACCGCCUGGCAAAUAGUCAACAAGUACCUAGACCUGUCGCUCUUCAAACAUCGGGGUUUUCUCAUCUACCUAUCUGGCAAUGUGAUCAUGUUCCUGGGCUUCUUCGCGCCUAUUGUCUUUCUUGCAGCCUAUGCCAAGGACAUGGGUGUGGAUGAGUAUUCAGCUGCCUUCCUGCUCUCAAUCCUGGCUUUUGUCGACAUGUUUGCCAGGCCGUCCAUGGGGCUACUGGCCAACUCGCGCUGGGUUCGCCCCAAGAUCCAGUACUUUUUCAGCCUUGCUGUGCUGUACAAUGGGGUGUGCCACAUCCUCUGCCCUUUUGUGGAAAGCUACACCGGUCUGGUAGUAUAUGCAAUGUUCUUUGGCUUUGCAUUUGGCAUGGUCAGCUCAGUGCUGUUUGAAACACUGAUGGACCUAGUUGGGGCUGAAAGGUUCUCCAGUGCUGUGGGACUUACCACCAUUGUGGAGUGCUGCCCGGUCCUCCUUGGUCCACCACUAGCAGGGAAACUGGUAGAUGUCACAAAAAACUACAAGUACAUGUAUUUCUGCUGUGGAGCUGUGGUCAUUUUGGCCAGCAUUUGGCUCUUUAUUGGAAACUUCAUUAACUACAGACUCUUGGAGCGUGAGCGCAAACGUGCAGAAAUGUACAAGCGGACUGAGACAGAUGAUCCGGACCAGGUUCAUGAUCACAAGGAGGCCGAUGGUGAGGCCCAGGCCUCUGAGGAUCUGGUCAACAAGGAUCAGAAAGAUGAUGAACCUAUGCAGCGGGAAACCAACAUUUAGAUCCUUCUGCUCUGUCAGCAGCUCCCCCUUUACCUCCAAGUGCAGCCUCGCAACACUCAACUACGAUCACACUAAGCCAAGUCGAGAGGUGUUCCACUAGGGUCUAUUUGGGGUCCUCUUUCUUUCCAACCUUCAUUCAAAGCAACAACGGUGUUGUAGGAAGCUGUAACGAGACAAUCCGUUUGUCAAAGAGCAGCAGUGAUUGUAACAGAAAUAUUAACCCAAGAGAGGAGUGUAAGAUACAGUGUGCAUGUGAAGAGGCUAAAAGUCAUAAAAUGAUUGUCGAAAAAAGUGUAGUACCGACUGUAUUUUCUUUUUUUGCCAUGUUCACCUCGUAUCAAGUUUACUGUAAAUACUUGACACUGCAACUGAGGGACAAAUAUCAGAAUCCCUCGUUGCAGAUAGAACUGCGUCAACUAAGGAAAUCAGUCGGACAAUCAACUCUGUUUAAAAGUGUUACCUGCUGCAGUUUGUUAACGCUUCAUUUUGAAUAAUCUGUCACAACAAAUUUAAAAUAUUCCAUGCUGUCAUUCCCGUUUUACCUCCCAUGUCUUCCAAUAGGAUGUGAAUGCAGUAUCAACGUGUUGCCGAGGUUCCAACACCACCAACAAGCUGAAUUCACAUGUCCAAACACAGUGAUGUCUUUGUCUUAAAUUAAUAAUGGUUACAUUUUGAUGGUCGACAGACCUUUCUGCCAGUGUCUGUUUUUUGGUGAGUUUUGAACAACUCUAAAUCCCUACAUGUGCAUUCACGCCACAAUCAACUUGGUGUAUUGGUCGCAUUUUUGACAGAAUGAAUGUACCAAAUGUGCAGUCAAAUCAGAGGUGCUAAUUCGUUAUCAUAGAAAAAGGAACAGAUAGAACAAUUAGAGAUCAAGAGUGGGUUUAAAGAUGAAUACAAGCAACCUUUAAGAUACCUGCUCCAUAGUCUUUUCACAAAGAUCUGCACAACAUUCCCUCUUUCAGUGGUUAAAUCAACUGCUACGAUGUGAUUCUCUGAUUCCUAAAAUCGAAUUAAUAGGGAUUAAAAGAGGAGCCGUGAUCUAGUUUGAUGCUGGCAGCUGUUGAGUUGUCCGAGUCUCCCUGAGUUUCAUUGUUGCUCAGCUUUGUGGAACACACAAAAACUACAUCUUUUGGACUGUGUUUCUUGCACUGCGAAUACAGGAUUAGCAAUCUCAGUGCACUGGAAAUGGUUAAUCCAGUUGGUGAUUCGUGCCGAGCGCAAAAAGUGAAUUACAUUGUUUCAUAUCGCAAUUGGGCAUCAUAAAAUUUUCACCUCCACAAAAAAGGACAGAUGCAUCCACAGCUGGUGAUGCACAUUAUACUGCCCACCUGAGCACUGUUAUGUGGUGAAGUAAAACCUGUACCAAUGUCCAUACGUUCCAUCACGUCAUAAAAAUGCUCCUUGUAAGUCGUCUAUUGCUCCGUUUUGCACUCGUAUACUGCACUAAAAGAGAAAUGCCCACUCUGCUCCGCAAACAUCUUGAUAAAACUGCUGCAAUUCCAAUACAUUUAAUUAUAGUUGAAUGUAAUUUCCUCUGUGGGCCUUAAUAAGGUAUUAAUGACCAAAAUCCAUUUGCAUAUUAGUUUUUCUUUUUUCUACAUAUACACUCUGUGAGCAAUAUACUCUCUCAUAUUUAAAUGCAGACAUACAGGUAAACGUGCAGUAUUUAUUGUGGUCGGUUUAACACUCGAUUCUAUGAUUGCCUUAAAUGUAAUGCAAUUACAAGUGUACAGUGCAUACUUGAUAGUGUUAUAUGACGCUGAUAUACCUUUGUGUUAAAUGUGAUCCACUAUUUUGCAGUUAACUUCAAAAAUCAAUGUAAUCUGCUCCAUCUGACUUGUAUCGUGUCUGUAUUGAAAUGCUAAACGAUGACGCUGCGCCAGCACAUUAAGACAUCUGAAGGAAUACCGCUGAUACUCCUAAUGAGUGAAUGGCCGCUCACAUCUACCCGUAUAUCCGGUCGUUUUGUGCGCAUCUGUUGAUAUAAGUGUCAAUGCCGUUCAAUAUUCUACCCAUUCCUCGCAUUAAUUUUUUUCUUCUUAAAUUUCGCCGUCCUGUGGUGUCGAUCACUUUUUGUCCCAACACCUGAAGCCAAAAGCUGGCCACAUGGUGUGAUCCGUCUCAGAUGUCCGAACAAUGCCAAACGCAUUUUAUUUGCUUUUUUUCAAAGCAAUCCCGAACAAAAAAAACCCUGUUAUUGUGUGUCCCCCCCCCCGUUUGAAAGGUCGAGUGUGUAUUCAGAUUCAUGAAAAUAGAUGUCCCGCUGUGUGGCAGAGGCUCACCAAGUGAAAGAGGAAAUCCUCCACGGUUUAUUGUGAAAUUAGCUCAAUCGGCUUUUUGCUGAUGAAUUCUGGGGGUAUCGGUGGACGACUUCUCUGCUCUUUCCUGUAAAUAAGAUUAUUUAAAACUACAUGCACAAUAUUGUGCGCUUACUUUUGUGAAGCACUUGAUCUGAGCUGGCUUCAUGGACCUGGACUUGGCCUCACUUAUAUUUCCCAUGUAGAGAUGAGCCAGUCUGUGUUUUUUGAAGCAGCCCAAACAACAUAUAGACAAAGCCGGGUUGUCGUGGCUUUACAAGACCGUACAUGUUGAGGUUACCUAUACUUAGUCGCUGACUUAAUCCGUCCGUUGAACUACUUGAACUGAGUCGCCGAAAAAAUGUAUUUUGCUCACCAGCAUUUCACGCCGGUGUUCGUGAUUUUCGUACAUAACCGCAUCUGUACCUUCCCUUCCAGCUUUGUUCAAUGAAUAACAUUAUCACCUCAUGAAUGUUGACGUAUCCCGCUCGCACUUAAUUAGUGAAAAGAGGGACUUUGCUUCGCUUAAGCUCCCUAUGCAUGAUGCUUCUCAAUGAGGGAGGGAGACUGCUGUACAAUCACCUCCUACCUAAUAACACUGCCCCCUGCUGGUUUCAAACCACCCAGACCAAAAGUUAAAGCCAAGCUUUCCUUUUAACUGGAACACACUGGUUUUCACAUAUUGCUUUUUUAUUUCAAACCUGUAAGGUUUUGGAUUUAUGGGUAAUGCAAAUGCAUCUUCUUCUUUUUUCUUCUGGUGGUGGGGAUGUUUUUUUUCUUCUUGUUAUUCAAAUGUUGAAGUAUACAAUUGGAACAAAACAAAACCCUGUAAUGGUUUGAUGGAACAAAUGGGAAAUCCACAGAAUUUCACCAUACCCUCUUUUCCAGCCAUGUAACUAUUUAUGAAUAAUACAUGUUUUUUUUUCUCCUGUGACCUGUAAUAAGAAGUGAGUAGUAGGUUAUUUCUCUUGUAGAUCAGAGAAGAAAUAACUGCAGUGUGGAGUGGAUAAGGGAUCUGUGACAGAAGAUUGUAUUUGCUAUUUCCUUGUGAAAUCCUGGAUAGUUUAUCUCCCGAGACCUCUUUAAAAUAGCCACAUUUUCCGGAAAAUGUGGACCAUAUUAACUCUGUGAUCAGGGGCUCAUAAGUAAAUCUGUUUCAUUUUAAAAUGAAAUAAAAAUCAACUUUUGCUUUCUUUUUCGGAGAGCUGGUUAGGGGAACAGCAAAACAAACAGUAAAUGACACGUGCUUGGGAUUUUGUGGCAUUCUCCUAAACGUACGUUGUGCUGCAAAACUAUGAAGUAAUUUUGUUGAAAAUGAAGCAAUACACUUUUAUAUAUUUUGGUUCAAAAUGUUUAUUUCAAGAAGAAAAUGGAAAAUGGUUAGAGAUAAUUAAGAGUGGAUUUGACAUGCACCGAUAGCCUUAUCAGAUAGUGCUUAUAUUUUAUGUUUCUUUCGUCUUUAUGUAUGUUCCUGUAUUUAAUAGGAGAUAUAGUUCCAAGAGUUGGUCAAGACCAAAUGUAGCAGAUGGGUAGAAUUAAGAUGAAUGAAUUUAUUUAUUAUUUCUGUAAGCAACAAAAAGGAAAAGUUCCUUGUCUGAAAGUAGUUUUAUUAAUUAAUGCAUACCUUGAUUGUCUUGUUGUUUUUUUUUACUUUUUGUUGACGAUGUGUGAAACCGAUACGCAGAAUGUAAAAAGGGUUAUAAAGUUUGUAAUGAUCGAAAAAGAGAGCUGGAGAGGUGUUUGGUGUUGGAUACGUGCAAAUGUCAAGUGAAGUGCGGCAACGGGCUCCGGAUCUGUUUUUUUAAAGCGUUGUCUCGGGGGGGAAAGAAACAGAUUGGGCUUUCAAACGUUUCAUUCAGAUGCAGUCAUUUGGGAGACAAUCGUCUCAUUGGUUGAGUGAAUCACUACAGAGCAGAGCCAGGAAAAACGCAGUCACCGGAGAAAUAAAUUUGAAUUUUGUUUUUUAUCUUUCAAUUUGUUUUUGAUGCUGAAUUGUGUGCUUUGAUGUGAAGUGAUCAAAGUUCUCAUUUGCAUCAGGAUUUUCUCACAAGUUUAGUUUGAAAAACUCCCUUUUGAAAACCAUUAAAUUUGAGACAAGCAAACACUAAUCUCUUCCCAUUGAGCAAAUGGGAUCAUUUCUGCCUCCAUAGUUUUUUAACAUAAGUAAACAAAGAAAAACAAAAUUCAAUUUUCCAGCAUAUAUAUAUAUAUAUUUCUUGUGUUGGUGUUGACUGUGUGCAAGAUGAUCUGCUACUGGGAGGCUAGAGGACUGUCCAUACCAUCUGCGUUUGUCGAGCUAACUGCCUUAUUGUGCUAUAUGCUGACCAUGAUGAAAAAAAGAUUUUUUUGAACACGGUCAACAUGAAAUUGUGUUGCUCAAACAUUUAAGUGUUAACUUUUCUUUGUCCUCUCUCCUACUGUCUCUUUAUGUUUACAAACCACUGCAUUCAUUCAUUUCAUAUAAGUAAUCCGCUUAUGUAGCUACUGAUCGGACAUUGGUGUAUUCACAAAACAUUAACACAUAAGAACAAAUAAGGUGUAAGAAUGUAACGCAGAAUCUAGUCUAUAUAUAUUACAAAAUUGUAAUUUUACAAAGUCUUUGGCAAUAUUUUCUAAUAGGACCUUGUGUUCGUAUUUUUGGACCUCCGUACUGUGGUUUGUCCCACCAGUGGACUCGGUCCACGAUGUCCUCCCAGUAGCAGACAUAUACUGUGCGCUUACACCGGUGUUUCAGAUUGUGUCAGUCUUUCCACUACCUCUGCAGCCGUCAUGUCGGAGUGAGGACCACACGGGUGAAAAACAAAACUGAUAUUAAACUACUGUAAUGUGAAGAUUGCUUCUGUCACGGUAUAGCUUAAUAAAAUAACAUGUACGUGUAUGUCCAAAUGAAA